AUAAUUUGCAAAGGAGAUCUUCGGUAUUUCUUAAAUGUGAUGGACCGAUAUGUCUCGUCAGAUCCCUCGGCUUCUCACCUGAGUGCAGAGAAUAAGCAGAGUUAGGCAUCGCCGUGUCCCGGUUUAUAUUGCAGUUUGGAUGUUGUAAUUCUUAAGCUCGACUCUCCGUUGAAAAUCGCCUGCGUCCUGGUCAAUUAGAACUACGAUUCCCAACAUGCAGCGGGCGGAGAGCAAACGCUUCUCCGCGGGAAGAAGGGGUGCUGACUGAUACCUUGAUAGCGAUUGAAACACCAUGGAAGACGCUGGAUCAGACCUCAGCGCACACAGAUCAGCAAUCAUAUCCGAGCUAAAUAACAUCCAAACCACCACCCAGAACCUGUGAGUCACCCUGCCCAAGUGAAGGACCUGCAGGCAUUGGUAGCCCUGACUGACCCAGAGGGAGGCAAGUUAAUCCAGUCUCAAGAUAAAGCCCUGAGUUCUUUGGAGGUCUGGAAGUCCAUGUUUGCAGCAGCUGCACCAGAUACAGAAUAGAGACACCAUUGCAAUGAGCGACAAAGACGACAGCGGCGAUGCCAGGCGGGCAGUGCCCGGCAAGGCCACAGACUGCGACAGCACGGUGCUUUCAGACACCAUCUCCCUGAGCGACUCCGACCCCGAGGACUCCACGGCCCCCGAAGUGGAAGACUUAUCCUCGGACGAGUCCUCGGAUGGGGACUGCAGCUCUGCUGAGCCUGCGAGACCCCUUGGAUCUGCAUCCGCAGGUAUGAAGAAGCCUUUCCAGCUGAAAGGUAUCAACUCAGGGUUCUCCUUCCGCAGCCAGAGCAUAUUUGACAGCCUGGGAACCGCCAGCCAACACACAGCGCCUUCCCUGGGGGACGAUGACCUCAGCGACGGCCCCUUCGUGCGCCCCCUACCCCCGCUGGCCAAGAAGAAGGAUGCGGAACACGGGGCUCCCAAGCCCCUCUCCAGGGCUGUGCCAGACUACCUGGCCCACCCAGAGCGCUGGACCAAGUACAGCUUGGAAGACGUGCCGGAAACCAGCAACCAGAAGAACACCGCGGUGGCCCAGGAGUUCAUGAGCAGCCUGCAGAAGAGGAAAGGAGAGUCGAUGGACACUCAGGAGUCCUUCUCUCCAGCCUUCAACCAAGAUAACUCCAGCAACAUGUCAGGCUGCAGGAUCGUCUUCUCCAAGCCCAGCAGGGCUGUCGCAGAGAAACAAGAGAAGGAGGAAGAGGAGUGCAAGGGGAGGGAAAGGGGCCGAGAGGAGGAGGAGGUAAAGAAGGUGGGUUUGCUACACCUGAAGGAGCUGGAGGAUGAAGUGAAAGCAGACCUGAAGAGGAAGAGGGCCGAUGAGGGGGAGGGAGCGGCAGGGUUGGUGGCAGCAGUGGGAUUUCACAGCAGCCGGACGAUCAACAGGAAGAACAUCCGAAAGACAGUGGAGAACCAGAAGGAAGAUGACUAGAUACCCACGAGUCUUCUGUCAGCUACGAAUAGGGAUUGGAGAGGGAUGAGGGAGAGGUCUUUUAAUAGCUUCCUUUUUUUUUUUCAAUCGCAAGGAAUGACUGUCCAAAUGUUUUGUUUUGGAUUACAUGUUUCUGUUGCCCUCCAAAGAUUCUUGUUCAUUUCAUCAUUGCAACAGUCUGUUCAGGACAGUAUUUAAAAUGUAUCAUCAGUUCUCACGAGUCACAAGCAACAUGCAUAUCCCCUUUGCUCACACAGUUCGAAUUAAAUCUUUUAAGACAUCUUUUUAUGUUAACUGUAUGGAAUUUGAAAAGUUGCCCAGUUUGAAAAAAAAAAAACAAACAGAUAUACAUUAUACAAUAGAUAAUGUAAUUAACUUUACAUGGUACAAUUGUGCAUAGUGACUGAAGGGGAUAUGUACACACACAGCCUGGUUAUCAGUAGCUAAAAAUCUUCCUUUAGAACAAGGUGAUGCAGGGUAAUAGUACCUAUGUGGCCCCUACCAUAGAAUAUAUGUCUGCUAGCUGUCGUCUUUGUGUUUCAAAGCUAUUCUGUCAUUUCUUUAAUUUUGCCGAUCAUGCACGGAGAGGUUUCCUGCAGCUUGAAACACUGUAUUAGAAAUAAAUUGCACUGUAUUCAGAUCCUGUAUACGAAGGUGGUCAUACUUUUACAAUGCUGCAGAAACGUGAAACUGUUUUGGUUGUUUGCUAUUAGUAAUAUUUUUUGAUAGAUGAUUGAAUAAAAAAAUGCAUUGGAUUAGUACAGUAUUGUUUAACAAUAAAUAGAUUUUAGAAGACUA